CGUUUACGGAAUAUUUUCUAAGAAGCAUGUCGGCCGUAGCGAGGGGCGGCGUCGCGGGAGCCCGCAGUCAUGCUGAGAACCUCAGCGGAGUCGGUGGACUCACGUCGCGAAGCUUUUCAACGUUACGAGAAAAAAGCGACGUGUGACAAUUCGAUCGAAAAGCCGAUGUCACCACGGGCCGAAGCUGACGCCGGCUGUACCGAAACUAGGUUAUAACGACGCGCCACAUCCUGUGAUAUCGAUUGUAGCUAGUUUCAUGAGGAUACUGAAAUUUUAUUUCCCGUAGAUACGUUCAGUGAAGUGUUUUUCAUACUCGUCUGUGUUGCAUACAACUUUUUUUUUUUAAUUUUCAAGUGUUUGCUUAUUCUAGUACGUUACGUUGAACUGGAUUUAUGUUAUUUAUAAACAGAUCGACAAUCGUGAAGAAUGUAUGAACGGUAGAAUCGGCAGAAAAAUUUAACACGUCACCGGGAGCCGAGGUCUAACAGACCGCCAUUUCGAGGAGAUAGUCACCAGCGGGGAGGUCCCGCCGCGUGGAUGGUGGCGGGCGAAUGGGGCUAUGCGCCGGUGCCGGCCACACCCGCCAUGAACGCGUUCCUGGAGACCAACCACGCGCACCUCGCGUCGUACGGGCUGAAGAUGUCGCCGCAGCCGGGGUGCGGCGGGCCGCAGCACCGCGCCGCCGCGCCGCACGCGCCGCACGCGCCGCACUACCAGCCGUACCCGCUGCACUCGUACCAGCCGGGCUACCUGCGCGAGUACGGCGGCUGCGGCGAGCUGUUCCCGCAGCAGCCGCUGGAGCAGGGCUGGGACUGGCGCGGCGACGUGCACUACCAGGGCGGCGCGCCGCUGGUGCCGCACGCACCGCACGCUCCGCACGCCUUCCUGCGCUACGUGCGCGCGCCGCCGCGCCGCGACAUGCGCUGUCAGUGGCUCGACCCCGAGCAGCCGCCGCCGCGCAAGAUGUGCAACAAGCUGUUCUCGAGCAUGCACGAGAUCGUGACGCACCUGACGGUGGAGCACGUGGGCGGCCCGGAGUGCACCACGCACGCCUGCUUCUGGCAGGGCUGCGCGCGGAACGGCCGCCCGUUCAAGGCGAAGUACAAGCUCGUGAACCACAUCCGCGUGCAUACUGGAGAGAAGCCCUUCCCCUGCCCCUUCCCCGGCUGCGGCAAGGUGUUCGCCAGGUCGGAAAACUUGAAGAUACACAAAAGAACUCACACAGGUGAAAAGCCGUUCAAAUGCGAAUACGCGGGCUGCGAUCGACGGUUCGCCAACUCUUCGGACAGGAAGAAACAUUCGCACGUGCACACGUCUGACAAGCCUUACAACUGCCGCGUGCAUGGCUGCGACAAGUCGUACACCCACCCAUCUUCACUGCGGAAGCAUAUGAAGGUGCACGGCGCUGCUGGCGACGCUUCCCCGCGAUACGACAGCGAUGGCGACGAUUCCUCCUCAGCUGGCAGCGUCAGCGUCACCGCCGGCGCCGCCAGCCCUCCCGCACCCGUUCCCCCACCCCCUCCUCAAGCCACCACCCUUCACCCACACCACCACCCCACGAUAACAGACAAACUAGAAAGCCUUAACGAUAAAUACCUUAACCCCCACGAUCAAAAAGCCUACGAGCGUCUACCGGCGCCGCAUCAUCACAAUCAACCUCCUCACUUAACAAAUAUAGGAGGUAAUGGUAUGAUGGACAACAAACUAGGCUUCGGUGGUCACUGGAGUCAGUUCCAGCAACCCGCGCCCGCUGUCCCUCACGCCGUCCCCGAGUGGUGGUGUCCCACGCAAGAGUCCUACCACCAUCACCAUUUGAUGCACCAUUCAGGAGCAGCCGCCGCUUACUGACCGCACCGCGCUUAGUGAACUCUUCAUUCGACGCGGUGGCCACGUGCCUCUCACAUUAUGUUUUUGCACUCGAGUCCGCCUAAAACUUGAAUUCAACGAGCUUUCGAAACGUUACAUUACGCUGAAGUUCUAGAUUUACGUGGAAUGAAAAGUUCACUAAUGCGCUUGUGAUUGUGUUUCUUUUUAAGAAUGCGAUACGCUUAUUAACAAAAUAGUUUAUUAUAAUAUUCUGAUCAGUUUUGAAAAAGAUUUUUACUCAAUGCCAGAAUUGCAGCCGUCCGAUUAUAUUUAAACAUAAUAGUUAUGUGUGUAAGCAAAAACUUAUUUGAGGAAAUAGAAACAAUGUAACAAUCCACAAUGCUGUUAUAACUACAUUAAAUCUGUCCUUUUAAUGAAACAACAGAGUUGUAAACAAUGACCGCUAACUGUCAAAAUUUUUACACGUUGUAUAUUUUCUGUAAACAUUGCUAAGAAGUGUCUUAUUAUAUUAAACGAGAUGUUUCUGCGUAAAGCAUUGUUUGCGUUAACUUUUGUAAUGUCAGACGCGUAGAUUUUGUCAACUGUAUUGUUGACAGUGAUUUAUUGUAGCUAUUCUGUACAUUACAGUGUAAGUCAACUUUACGAUGCACAUUUUUUGCUGAUAAAUUAAAAAGCUAUACGAAUGCAAUUCUUUUCACAUUCCCGCAAUUUUAUGAUAACUCAAGACGUCUAUUUGUCGCUUCUCAUGAAUAAAUAAUCUCUGACAUUUUUAAUAUCGCGAACUGGUUUUAGUUUUUAAUUUAACAUUAAAAAUAAAACGUUGAUUUUAUGACCAAAGUACCGAAGUCCAAUAAAUUUCGAUUUAUAGGUUGUAUAAUAAUUAUUGUAAAUUUUUAGUUUCUUAUAUGUUAAUUUGCCUUGUGUAUAAAAAACGUAUGUUAAGGAAUACCCAGUGAUAAUAGUGUUAAGUGAUUAUAAUUGUAACUAAACUAUCUAUAACAUCGCUAUUGAUUCGUGCUAUGUUUUUCAGAAAUGUAUGAUAAUAUGACUAUGUAUACACAGUUUUAUAUAUAUUAAAAAUAAUGAAUAUUUUUUCACGGACCCGCGCUAUAGAUAGAGAAAUUUUAACUAUGGAAUACUAAUUGACUGAUUGUGAACGAUGUAUUUUAAGUUACUUUAAGAUGGAUCUGUUGAUUGUCUUUUCUACGGCCAUGUAAAUAGCAACUAGAUAAAAUAAAAAACAUAUUUCAAUUGAAA